GGUUGAUUGAGUGAUGACGUGAGGCCGGUGCGGCGGACGGAGCUGGCGGCGGCGGCGGUGCGAGGCUGACGCAUGAGGGUGUGGUAUGACAUCAAAAAACAAGAAGCGUGUCAUUCUGCCAACUCGACCCGAGCCUCCGACUAUUGAACAGAUCCUGGAAGAUGUCAGAAGUGCCAGACUGUCUGAUCCAGUAUUCACUUCAUUCAUUGAAGGCAGUGAAGAGAUUGUGAGCCCAGUCCGAGUAGAAGUGUCAAUGCCAGAUGUGGAAUCUCAGUACCAGCAAAGCAGAGAGUAUGUUGAACUGAACAGGCGUUUACAGAAGGAGCUUAGUGAGUUGGCGGCACGGUGUGACCAGCUGAAGAAAGCAGGCGAACAGCUUGACCUAAGUAUCUCUGAAAUUAAAGAUAAGAAUUUUCAAAACUAGGCUGUUUACAAGGAAUAGUUAUUAAAAUUAUGAUUAUAUUCUAACUGAUGGAAUUCAUAAAAGCAGCAACUUCUAAUGGACUUCUUUCAAAGUUUGAGUAUGACUUCUCCCUCUGGUUUUGUGAAAUGGAUGAAGAAGUGGCGUUACGUAUUUCUGAGAUACUGCAUGAACAUGGCCAUAAAGGAUUUGUAGAGCACCAGGACCAAGUGAGUGGAAGACUAAUGAUAACAGAAAUUACCAAUGUUAUCCAGCAGAGUAAAGUCACCAUCAUCAUCUUGUCCCAGAAGUCCCUGAACAGCAGUUGGUGUCGGAAAGUAUCUGAGUGGAAUUUGCAGCAAUACAUUGAGAAAGGAAACAAGGUUCUCCCUGUGUAUGUUGAUGUAGACACUGUGCAAAUUCCACCGGCUUUACGAUUCCUUAAUGGGCUUGGUUACGGCUCUAGAUUCUUUAAAAAAAGAUUGUUGGAUAGUCUAAAACCAAACAAGAAAUCAUUUUGUAGAUCUGCAUUACACAAAUAAAAUUUCACGUGGAAUGAGACAAAUA